CGCCCGCUCGGGUGUGGCGAAGCAGAGGCGGAGCCUGGCGCAGGCUGCCGCAGUGCGCCUGCGCACGGCCUACCCCGAAGGGAGGGAAUGGCGCAUGCGGGCGUGUCUCCAGGGACUCUAGAGGCUCCAAGCCCUGUGUAGCUCCGGUAGGUUUGGCGUGCACGGGUUUCCGCAGAGCCUGCACGUUACAACACCGAUGCGUCGUUUCUUGCUUCUUUAAAUUGCCACCACGUAGGCUUCUACUGCAGAGAUUGCCUUAGACUCUUCAGAGCCGCGGGCAACUGGACGAUCUUGGUGACUGAUUUGCACACCCCCAUUAGAUCUUCGUGCCCGAGUUGGACGCAGACGUGGGUUGUAGGAGAUUUCAUUUUCCCCAGCUGUGCAGCUACACUGUGGCCCCGUUAGCUUCUAGAUUGGAAGCCCCAGGGGUUAAGAUUCAGAAAAGCAAUUACUCUUACCUCAUGAGGCUUCCAGAGGAGCAAGAAUAGCGGCUUGAUUCCACCUGCACCCCUAUAGAGAUUGAUCCUUCUGUCUUUCCUUCACAGUUGUGGCAUUUUAACGUUCUGUGUUGCUUAAGCCCCAAAAUGAGUGACCGAUACCUAGAACAAAGGAUUAGUAUCAAAUUUUGCGUGAAACUGAGCAAGUCUGCAAGUGAGACUCACCAUCUUUUAAAAGAAGCUUACGGGGAUGAAGUCAUGUCAAGGGCCAGAGUUUUCGACUGGCACAAAAGGUUUAAAAAAGGACGCGAAGACAUUCGAGAUGAUGCCAGAAGUGGUCGUCCUGUCACCCACCGGACGGAUGAAAAUAUUAAGAAAGUCAAGGACUUGGUCUGUUCAAAUAGGCAGUUAACCGUGAGGAUGAUGGCCGAAGAGUUAAAUUUAGAUAAAGAAACUGUUAGGCUCAUUCUGAAAGAAAACUUGAAUAUGAGGAAAGUAUCUGCAAAAGUUAUAUCGGGUAUUUUGAAGGAUGAACCUAAACCUCGGAAACUUGACUUUUGCUCUGAUCUUUCAAAGGAAACUAGGAAAAACAGCUCAUGUGUGAGGAAAAAGGUAAGGAAUUCUGAAGCAUGCAGUCAUCUCCAAUGAGAAGCUGGUGAGGAAAUGCCUCUGCCUGUAUCCCAUCCCAAAAUCCGUUUCCCUGCCAGCCAGCUGCUGCAGAUGUCUUCAACCAGCCUUCCCAGCAGGACAGCUCAGGGUUGGUUCACACACCGUGGUGAAAGGAAUGUGGGGUGGCUGAACCCAAAUUGGAAAGCUGCCUAGCAGUUAGGCACCUUCAUUUGCUGCUCAUUUAUUUUCAGCUUCUUUGCUGCUCCUCUCUGUAUGUCAUAUCUCUGCUAGUUACUCUUUACUGAACUCUUGGGCCAGCUUCCUUGCCAUUUUCCACAACUUUGAAGAACUUUUGGCUAUUGACUUCUGGUACUUGCUUGUGCUUAAUUUUUUCCCCUUAACAAGUUUUUUCUUCACUGACCAGACCUUAGCUUGAUGUGGCUGUCCUCUUCCUUUGUUCUCAGUAUUCUGCCUCGGAUCAUACGAAUGAAAGGUGGGAGCAUGACCUCUUGGAGUCUUUCUCUCUGUGUGCCUAGGGAGGCAUACUCUGCUGGGAGGACCCUGAAAGAAGGCCUACAGUUCCAACUUGCUUCACAGUCAGGGCCUGAGGUAUGGUACAGAAGGCAGUGGCAUGCUGACAUAUGGAGCAAUGCUAAGGGCCUGUCCAGCCCAAAUGACUCAGAGGGAGCCCCUCAGAACUCAGGAGUUAGCCUCCCAUCCUGACUUUCUCACAGACCUACCCCUCACAGAAGAGCUGGGUUUGUUUCAUUCUAAUCUUGUGCUUUGGACUCCCCUCCACCCACUUCAUUUGGGUGUAUCCUGUCUCAUGGAGAAGGAGGAUCUGGUCCUGAAAAAUAUAAACCAGAGGAUUCAGGUCCAGGCUAUGAUGUGUAUAGAGUAAGAAAAGGUAACACUCUAGACCUUGAAUUCAGGCAGUCUUUUGCCUCUGUGCUGAUUCCACAUAUCAGCUAUUUUUAGUAACUAAUACCAACAUUGUCAGGUAUUUUUUUGAACACCUUCAGUGUUUAGAACACUGCUGAGCACUGACAGUAUGAGGUUAUGAAAUAAGAUCACCAAGGGCUGGGUGGACUUCAUGCAUGAGGUGGUUCCUGGACUGGAUCCUUAGGAAAUUAGGCACAUUUCCAGGCAGGUAGAACAGAAUGAGGUUUCGAACCUCUUGUCAGUAGGAAAAUGAGGGCACUAUUGGAUGAAAUAGCAAAGUCUAAAGAGGAAGAUAAUAGUGGUGUGCAGAAGAUGAACAAUUUGAGAUAAUUUGCUUCCUCUCCUCUGCCCCAAACUCUGUUCUAAUAGUUUAUAAAUUGCUUCCCCCUGAGUCUGUAGGCAAGUUUGUAAUAGCCCACUUAUUUGAUUAUCUAAUUUUCUCAUCAAACCAUCAAAAAGAAGCAGUCUUUACUAGUUUAGACUCCCAUAUCUCUUCCUGGCUCUCUGCCAGGAUCUAUGGAGUGGAACUUUUCCCAAAUGGGUUCCAAGAAAUACCACGUAGACUGGAAACAUCUCAGAAUGCCUGGUGGAGGAGUGUGUGUUGGGUAGAGGUAGGGAUGGUUAGUAACAGCAUUUCACAGAAUUAGCCACUGUCUAUGUUUUAACCCAAGGAUUUUUACAUAUAAUGGCUCCUAUUUUUUAACUGGUAAGUUAGUAAACAGUCCUGAUUGAUGGUAGAGGCACAACAUUUAUUCAACACAGUUGUUUUUAGUUCUUGCACUCUCACCUUCAAAAAAUUACAAGUUUCCAACUUAAUACCUGUCAGUUUUGAGGCACCCUGAAAACUAGACCUUAUCUCGCAAAUAAAAGAUAUUUUUCAGGAAAACUGUAAGCAACAGCUCACAGACUCCUGCCUGCAGAGCAGCUUCUAGGCAUUUCAUCUCAGAAUCGUUACAUCUUCCUACGUCAGAUAAAGCCCUGGGCUCCCCAUAAGGCCUUUCCAACAAGGACACUGCACUUCUAGGAAGAAAACCCCACAGCUGGCAACCAGAAGCAGGUAAUCAGGAGGGUGAAUUCAGAUUGUUCCAAGUAGCUGUGAUGAGAAAGACUUAUUUAUUACCUACCUUACCUUAGAUCGGAGAAGGCAAUGGCAACCCUCUCCAGUACUCUUGCCUGGAAAAUUCCAUAGACGGAGGAGCCUGGUAGGCUGUAGUCCAUGAGGUCACUAAGAGUCGGACACAACUGAGCGACUUCACUUUCACUUACCUUAGAUCAUGUCCUAGGCAGUAGUCAGGUUGAACUAUAUCACCUGAACCCAUUACCCUUUUGCAAGGUCUCUCAGAAAAUAGUCAAUAAGAUCAUAAUACACUCUAGAAAGCCUUAAGUUUGGAGGGAAAUAAAGAUACUCAUGCAGGCCAAAUCAUUCACAUAUGGCUUCUCAGGAUCUCUAUACCCCAUUUUAGAGCAUAAUCUCUAAGGAGUAUCCCCAGACGAGAGUUCUCAUUUAACAGUACCCCUUUUGUGUCCACCCGUCAAACCUGUUUUAUUUCCGACAAGAAUUUUGCCUGCCUGCACCUUGCUGCCUAGGCCCCUCGAGUUUUGAUCUUAUAAUCUCAGGGAUCCACCCAUCAUCAAGCCCCAGGCCCUUGGCCUUGACUUUUCUCAGAUAUUGCUCAGUUCAUUCUCCAGUCUACUCAUGCUCCUCUGCUUCCCUGGGCUUUGUUCUCAAAUUCUGGACCACAGCUGCCAGUAGCUGCUUUUGGCUUCUUUGGUAUGCUGACCUUGAAUUCCCCUUUUGGUCUUGAUUUUACACUCAGCAGCAGCUCUUCUCUCUUCUAAUUUUUAGAUCCCUCUUUGGCUCCCUAGUUCAGCCCUGUAGUCUUCCUUUUUUAUUUUUUUUGUUAGUUUGUUUUUGGCCAUGCCAUUCGGCUUGUGGGAUCUUAGUUCCCCAACUAGGAUUUGAACCUGGGCCCUUGGCAAUGAGAGUACAGAGUCCUAAUGACUGGACCACCAGGGAAUUCCUGGCCCUAUAGUCUUGAGUAAAGAAAUUAGUCCAUCCCUGGCCCCAGAUUGCCUUCCUAUCCUCAAGAAGAGGGGUGGGGGCACAUGAGGAAAUGCGAUCUUUUUGUUUGUUUCUAGCCACCUGUCACCCUUAGCCACCAGGGGUUCCACUCCCCAGAGGCAACCAAUAUUACUAGUUUCUCAAGGCAAUUUAGUUACCUCUGGUACUCAGGAACUGUAAAAGAAUUUCAGAGGUAUAAUAUGCAAAUCCAUUCUCCCAGCAACUGUAUUUUCCUGGGCAGGAGAAGCUCCAUUUAACCAUAAGAGAUGAAGCCUGGCUCUCUAUAAGUUGUCAGGAAGAGAGCUGGCCAUCUGCAAACCUUGAGUAUAAUUCUCAAGCUCAACACACAAACAGGGAAUCUCUUUGGCUUUCAGGCUGAUCUUCCCCAUCCCUAUUAUGGUUCAAAAUCCACAUGGAAUGUUAUAUAUAUGUAUAUAUGUUAUAUACCAUGGCUGCAAGUCUGGGACGAACAGACAUUUUCCAGGGCAGAUCAUCCCAUCAUUGAGUUUAUCCAGUUCUUUCUUCUCCCAUUAUCGCUCCUUCCUUCCACCUGUCCCACUGGUACUGGGACAGAAAGAAUAAGAUAUUCACCAAUCUUUGAUUUCAAAAAACAUGGGUAAGUUCUGCAGUCUUCUGAAUUCUGCUCCCGGCUCUGAAUUCUCAUUGAAAUGUCAUUGUUUGGGAAGAAUGUGUACCUGGGACCUGCUUUCCAGAAUCUUCUUUUCAGAUCCGUUUCUUAGCAUUCAGACUUGCCUUUGGAGAUGCCUAAGUAAAUCUGGAUGCUGAAUGACGUGAAGAUGUCUAAUACAGGAAUGGGGUACUAUUGGGAACUAUCUGUCACUAUAUCACAUGUACUGAUCAGCCAGCCUGCUAUCUGCAGAUAUCAUUGCCAGCAAGUCUUACUGGGCUCAUUGGAAUCGGUUACCAGGGUCCUAUGUGGCUCACUUUAAGAGUCUUUUUUGCUGCUGGGAUUGUAUAUGUAACCCUGCAUUCUCCAACUGCUCCUUAGUUGGAUUAGACCUCUCAGAUUUUAUCAGGCUUUUGCAUCCUGUAUGAGGCAACACUCAUGUAUUUAUCUUCUACGGUCCUGCCUUGUCAGGUUCUUACAAAUCUGUCCCAAUUGCAUCACCCCUCUCCCAGUAUUAAUAUCCAGGAACAAAAAUUCUGUAGGGAGAAACUUUAAUACCUCUAAGGACACACUUGGAUUUAAUGAAGAGAUCAACAAACUUCUGUAAAGGAAAUGUCCUAGGUUGUAUGGGUAACUUUCUCAACAUUUUAAUGCAAAACCAGACAUAGCUAAUAUGGAAACAGAUGAGCAUGGCUUUGUCAUAAUGAGGAUGAUUGAUCCUUUUCCAUCAAUAACAUUGUCAAUGUUAAGUUGAUCUGGCAAUAUCUGGCAAUUUACUACUAUAGAAAUGGUGGAAUAUUGAAGGGAAUCUUUAUGGUGCCAGGAGAGUGAACCUGAGCUGAAUGAUUGACUAUUUUACCUUGACCAUAUUCUGAGUCACAAAAUAAAUUUUAUGCCAUCUUUAAUAAAAAUUACAAUAUACAAACUACUACCUAUAUUUUGCCCUUGUAAUAUCUCAAAAAAAAAAAUUGGCAAUACUGAAAAUGGUGCCAAGUUACAACCAGUGAUAACAGAAUAAACUGAAGGUAACUCCAAAACUGCCUUGACCAUGGAUGGCGUUUGAAUAAGUUUGUUAUCAGGAGGUGACAAAACUCAUUGAAUUACAUUUUUUACAUGCUUGUAAAAAAACUACAUAUAUAUAUAUGUAUGUAUAUACUUGCAACUGAUACUAAGCUAUGUUCUUUCAGAUGUGUUUACUUGUUUUUCUCCGAAAGAGAGCCAUGUUGUGUCACCUUCAUUUAAACUGAUUUUCCAAAGUUGAAAUAGAGUCUCAGGAUUGAACAGACAUUUGCAAGGGUGUUUAAUCCAACCAGUUAUGUUUCCUUUGAAUCCAGGAGUGGCUAAAUACUACAGCUACUGAAAAACUGCAUCUGAAAGAAGAUUCUGUGUUAAUUCAGCAAAUUUUUAUUGAGUGGCUCUAUGUGCCAGGCACUGUCCUGUUUGCUGGGGUACAGGAAUGGACAAAGCAGACACAAGCCUUAGGUUUGAUGGUCUGAAAUCUAAUUAUAUUACUCUUUACUCUUGUAAAACUUCUGUUCCAUGUGCUCAUACUAACUCUUUUUCAAUUGCAUACCUGGAGAAAGGUGUGACCUUUGCCACAGGCCUCUCUGCUGUGGUCAUGAUGCCUCUCCAGCUGCAGUAAUAAUUUAAGAAAUGUAUUAUAUUUUAUUAUCCUUUAGACUAAUCUCUAUUGGUAGAAAAACAUGCUGGCAAUGUUGGAAGUGUAAAUUGGCAACAGCUUUCUGAAAAGCAAUUUGGCAGUAUCUAUUAGGAACUUUAAAAAUGUGUAUAUAUUCUGAUCCUCUAGUUCCACUUCUGGGAAUCUGUCCUAAAGAAAUAGUCUAAAAUGUGGGCAAAAUUUAUGCUCUAACAAUCCAGAAGUCCAACAGUAGAAGCCUGGUUAAGUAAAUUACAGUAUGACUGUACAGUAGGCUCUUAUGCAGUCAUUGUAAUUAAUAUUUGAGUUAAAACAGCAUGGCAAAAUGCUUAGAAUGUUAAGUGAAAAGAGUGAUACACAAAAUUACAUACAUAAAUCCCAAAGUAUUUUUCUAAAAUAUUAUUACUUUUAUUGGUAAUAAUAAAAGUGCUAUUUAAUAAUAAAGUGCUUUUAUAAAUAAAAGUUUUAUUUAUCAGAAUAAAACAAUAGCACCAAAAAUUGGCAACAGAGAGAGUCAGGCCAAACCAUGAGUUUGGCCCAGGAACUGUUAACUGGCUGGGUCCACACAGAGACUGUUUGAUACUAUUGUGUUGGUAGCAGGAGUGGAACAGGAGUGAAAAGGGCCUUUCCGAAAGGAGAAGGUGACCAGAAUCCCUACAGAAAUCCCAGGUGGCGUGAGAAGACACCAUGAAUGGCAUGUUCCUGUUACAUGGUCCUAGGGAGGUAAGGAACACAUAUGGACCAAGUAUGUUCUGACAGAUGGAAAGGAUUUGAAGUACUCUCCUGGGUAAAAUUAACCUCGUCUUGCAUUCCCUCAUACAAAAUGAAUAUUCUUGAGAAAUUUUAUUACAGCUGAUUCUCUGAAGAAUCCUUGAGCCAUCCAUAUAAUUUCUUUAGGACAGGAAUGACUUUCCAUGUGCCAAGUCUACCUCCUCCCAUACUGGGACACUCAACACGGAUGUGCACAAGAAUAUUGGAUAUUCUGCACAGAGAAUACCACACACAUAUUGAUAGUUAUCUUAAUGAUGUAACUUACAAACUCUAAGGCUUGCAAAUGUUUUUUCAUGGUGUCCAGAAUUACUGUGCGUUUAUUUAUAUCUGAAGAGUAAUCAUGUCAUGGUAUUUUCAAGUGAGAAAUGAUGUCGAUAAUGUCAUAGAAGAAAUGUUCUGUUGGGAAAGUGUGUCUUUCGUUGUUACUUUAGCAAAAUGUUUGUCAUUAAAAUGCCGAAUACA